GGUCUGUAAUGAGAACGGCAAUUGUCACUGUAAAUCAGGAUGGAAAUGUCCAGAUUGUUCGCAAGCUUACGAUGGUCCAGGUGGAAGCAUCGACAGUGAUCUGGAUUGUGAGACUGUUACCUCAACAACAACUCAAGUUCCAGGUACUGCAUGUAUGUUUCUACGUAUGAACUGGAAAAAAAAUUGAAAAUCCAUAGAAUGAAAAUUGUAUGGACCUUUAUAGAAUGGAUUUUGAUUAUCCAUAAUAAUUGUAUAUUUCCAUACUAAUGGAUAUAGUAUCGAAAUCGUAUGGGUAUACUAUGGAUUUAGUGGUGCAAAAUCUCAUAGUAUGGAUUUCACAUUUUUUCCCAGUGAUGUUUUCGGUCAUUAUAUUUUAUAUAGACAUUGAUGAAUGUUUGGGCAAACCAUGUGAUGUCAAUGCCAGAUGUAAUAACAGUGAAGGUUCAUUUGAUUGUCAAUGUAAUGUUGGGUAUUGUGGAAAUGGACUUAUUUGUUCUAGUAAGUAAAUCAUUCAUUGAUAUGCGUGUCUGAAAUAUUUUACUUCUUUUAAACACUUAUUGCUUGUUAUUUAAUAAAUGCUUGAGCAACCCACUGCAUCACAAUGCCAACUAUACUGACAAUGAAGGUUCUUUUGACUGUGAAUGUAAUGUUGGGUAUUUUGGGAAUGGACUUAAUUGUUACAGUGAAGUAGCUAAAUAAUUUAUUCUUGUGUCGAAAUUAAAAUAUUUUACCUUAUUUUUUAUCAUGAAGCAAUCUUAUUGGCUGAGGAACUUCUAAGAGCUGGCAAGUUUCUUGCAUCCGGCCCGCUGUGAAACGCAACUGCCCGCUCUGUUUUUCGCGCCAGAAACAAAAAAGUGAAACAAAUUUUGAACUAAAAAUCGGCCCAAAAAAUUUUAAAAACGUAGCCUAAUGAUUUACACCAGAAUUGACAAUAUUUGGAGAAAAAUGCGACUGAAAGACCUGAAAUUCAGAAAGUUAUUUGAUAUGUAUAAAACUUGCGCCAAGAAAGAUAUAUUUUUGUUUUAAAUACUGGCAUGUAUUCGGCCACUUAAAGGCGAUAAAUUAUAUACAGCACAUAUAUUUUAAACGAAAUUUUUCACCCUCAACCUCGUACAUGCAAUCUUAAACUGAGAAGGUUUUACUGGAGUCAAAACAUGUCACGAUUCCUAUAUUCUCUACCUAUAAUAUGUGUCAUGCAUUUUUCACUGAUAUAAAUAUUGUAGUCAAAGUCUGUGUUUAAAAACACAUUUUUCAAGCAUAUUAUCAUAAAAGAAGCAGAAAAAUACAAAAAUUAAAAACACCACAUCUUCUUCGCUAUAUCCUUUUAGUAGAAAAUCAAAGCAGAUUCAUUUAUAUGUGUUUUUGAUCGGCAAAGCAAGUGAACAUUGCCGGAAUUAAACAACUGAAAAUGCUUUUCUGCUACCAUAUUUAUAAAAAAGCAUGUACAUUUUUACUGAAACUACAUGUCUUUUUCUGUAUUUGUUGCCAUGCAGUGUUCUCGAGUUUUCGUAUUCGUGUUAAUCUUUCAACUUUUCAAUUUUUGUCUGCCUCGCUUUUAUAAUACAAUAAUGAAUAACCGCACUGAUCUCAACUAAUUGGUUCGCGUUUGCACUGAAAUUUUAAUGAUAGUGUCUCUUCGCAAUGUGGUAAGGUGGACACCUCUUUGUAGGGAGAUUUGUGUAAGUGAAACAGCGCAUGUGAGCAUGUGACACAUAAACCCUUGUUUCCAUUUUGUCUGUUCAUUUCAAAACUUCAGAGUAGUAAACUCCUAUCGAUCCUGACAAGAUCUCUGAAGAAAUAUUUCCAAUGCAAAUUUAUAGACAAGCUGUCAGGAUUAACCUAGGAUUAAGUUAACCCAGCUUUGACAGGCCCUGAUGUGUAACAAUUAUAAUAGAGCUUUUUUUUAUUAAUUUGCACUAUCAUAGUAAGUGUCCUCCCCCAGAAAAUUUUUACUUUAUUGAAGCUCCAGGACUGCAUUUCUGCGUUUUCUAAAGCAAAUUUGCAAACGGAAUUGGAUCUAAUAUAAAUUGACUGUAUUGUACAAAAAUGGUUAUUAUUUCACAAAAAUAACGACUUUAUUAUGAAGUAGUUAGCGCACUUGACUUUCACAUCUAAGGUCGCUGGUUUAAAUCUCAAUGAGUCAAUUUCUCAAAUGUGACUCGGAACCCAGUCAUCAUGUGAAAAGAGUAAAAGUCAACGCUCUGCCGAAAGUCGUGGGUUUUCUCCGGGUACUCUCCCACAGAGAAGGUUGACAGGGUGGGUUAGGCACAUAGGUUGGGGGGCAGAUCAUUAAUGAGGUAUGGACUAACAGCGGCUGCUUAAAGCGCCAUUUGUAAGCUCACUGUCUACCUCGGUCUGCUUCACGCCAGUUUGGGCUGUAAUUGUAAUGCCCACUUGAUCAUAUACAUAUGUAAAAUCGCGCAAUAGAAAUAUUAAACUUAAAGUUUAUGUAAAUCAGUAUGGUUCUGUAUCAGAUAUACAAACUCCUUCACGCUUAUGAUUUCUUUUGUGUUUUAUUCGUGAAUUAUUAAUGAGUUUCACACUGUAUUUAACAUUUUCUUUACAUACUCACUCACCAUUAAUAUUUUUACGUCUUUUCUUUAUUUAGGACUGCCAGACACGUUUAUUUCCAUGACAUUUACACUGAAGGAUAGAGAAUUUACGAAUUCGCUGCACGAUCCAAACUCUGAAGAUUAUCAGACGCUUUCAAGAGAAGUCAAAAAUAAUGUAAGUUUCACAAUUGUGAUGAAAUUUAUGGUGGAUGGCUCUAUCAGUUUUCCCCAGGUGGUCCAAUUAGCCAUUUCCCAAAGUCCUGGGUCUAUUUACGCAAAUCCCAUGUUGGAGGAACAAGAAAUAUGGCAGCACAUAUUUAAACUAAUGGGAUAGAAAAGGAGAUAUCUCAUUUUUGGUCGUCUAAAAAGUUGAUAUUUAAUUGGUAGUAGAUACUUCUACUCUUUCACAUAUUUGACGCCUGUCUCCAUGCCUUUUGUCCCUUAAAACGAUCCAAGAAUGAACUGUGAUCUCUUUUGGGAAAAGGCUAGUAUGGGCCAUUCCCUUGUUGGUUCAGAUGUUUUUUCAAACGAAGAUCUGUGCCAUCGUUAAUUCAUUGUUUCUGAAAGCGGAAGCCAAUUCUGAUUUUCUGGAGAGUUUCGCACCCCUUGAAUUUCUCCAUUUAGAGAGGAGCAUACUUUAGAAAUCGAACGCGAUUAAAUCGUUAGAGAGUUAAACGAUUUUGUCAUAUAAAUUUUUCUUAAUUUAAGUCCAUAUCGAUCACUUUAUUUUUAGUUUGAUGAGGAAUUUGCUAAUGUUCCCGAAUAUCGUGGUGUCAAUAUUAUUAGAUUUAGGUUAGUUCAUAGUUGCAUAUAUUUACUUUCAUGUGUUGAUAAGAUAAUUUUUAAACAGUUAGGUAAGUUUCCAGUUUUAACUAAUUUCUAACCAAAAUAUUGUAUCCCCCAUUCUGAAAAGAUCUGGAAGUGUGAUUUGCGAUGCAGAAGUGGUUUUGGUUCUAAAUGCUCAUGACGAAAUUACUAAAGUUUUGGAGAGAGUUAAUGCAACUGGCGUCCUUGGUAACAUUUUUGUCGUGUCUGAUUCAUUGACUACUGCUGAUAUACCAGGUAAUUUGAGAAUAUUGGAUAACCUAGGGUAUGGUUCGUAUACAGCUACCAAUGAAGGACGUACCUGCACAUCGUAAUGGGUGGAUUUUGUAAGCGUUAUGGGACAUGGUGAUCAACCUCAAACCUGUUGAUGUAAAAGAAAACUAAUUAUAUACCCCAUCACUCAUUUUCCCAUUUCCUUUCAUCUGCUACACGCGAUAGUGCUUAGUAAAAGCCACCUAGUUUCCCAUCUUCUGUUUACGUUUAGAAUUUAGAGAUAUUCAACUGGACGUAGAGUACAAUGGAUACGCCGGAGACUUGUUGAAGAUCACAUGUAAUGUUACUGGACCAUCUCUUCCGAGCUUUGAGUGGAGGAAAAAUAACAUGAUUUUAUCCUUAUCAACAAGAGUAAAGAUUGAAAACAACGAUCAAGUUUCAAAACUUUUUGUCCGUAAAACUGCAAAAUCUGACUCUGGCGAUUAUUAUUGUAUAGCCAGGUAAGCACGUUUGAGAAUGAUCCGUUGAUGAAUUUCAUUCUGUUACAUCCGAUGUCUCACAAGAUAGCGCACUCGAUCAUACCGUACUUGGUCGAAAAUUACAGUACAACAAGAUUCCGCAGUGUAAAAACUAAUAUAAAGUGUUUGGUCAUAGUCUACUAUCAAGAUAUGAUGGUCUGGAAACUAAACAGAAGUGUUUGUUAUAUGUUUUUGUCUGAGUUUAUGUUACUAUGUGCACGGUCACGAUGAUUAGCUCAUUGUAUUUUCGUAUAAUUAAGUAACCGUCCAAUUGGGAUAGCUGAGAUGAAACGUGCAACCACGAUGAAUAAUAUUUUAUGAAGUUGAGACAAAGGAUUUGACAGAUUAUGAUUUGGUGAAGUCAAACCAGAAGCAUUCUUCUUUUCAUGUGCAGCUGAGGCAAAGUUCUAAUCAGACAAGUUCAUAUUGGGGAAAUCCAUCCCUGCUGACCGAGCUGGAAGACACAUGCGCCAACAACUGUGUCACCAAAUCGUCAACUCCUCGAGUCCUCGCCAAUACAGGGUCAUGUUUUCGUAAAGUCUCACAUGGUGUUUCUUUUUAUCUUAGCAAAGGGGUUGACAUAAUCAACAGGAGUGUAGCUGUACAGGUUAAAGUUAUUCCUGUUGUUGCAGUUUUCCCGUUAUCUGUUGCUGCUACUGAAGGUAAUGCAUAUAUUUCUUAGGAUCUAUAAGCAAGAUUGCAAGAGUGCGUACGCACAGGCGAGGUGAGGUAAUGGAAGAUAGAAUGAAACAGUGGUAACCAGACAUUUAAAUUGUACAGGGUGCAUGUAUUCAAAAAUGUUCGCUAAAGUGCAAAUUCCGCAACAUUUGUGAAAACUUAAUGCAAGUAUGGGUAGCUAGGGGUCUGCUGUUAUCUUUACCACUAAAUUAUAAGUAAAAUUUGGAGGGUUUUAUUAAACACCACUGUAAAAAUGGAUUGCGCACAAAAAUGGAAGGCUAAAAACGCAACUUGAUUUCGGAGGGUGCAAAUUUAGAAGUUGUUUUAUAAAGUAUCAAAGUACUAUGGACAAUUUGAUGUACGCAACGUCCUACACUCGACCUCUGAAACGUCGACUUUUUUGCCAUAUCAACUGAAUGAUUUACGUAUCUUUGCAAAAGUUCAAAAUUAUGGCAAGAAAGUCCACGUUGAAGUCGUGCACCUAUAAAUUUAAAUUGCGUUUUAAGCCUUCUAUUUUUGUGCACGCAUGCCAUUUUUAAUGUUUUUUUUGAAAACAACCGUGCUGCCCUGAAAAAUUUACUUUUCAAAAUAAUUUUGGUGUUAAAGAUACUAGCAGACCCCAAACUACCCAUUCUUGUAUAAAGUUUUCACAAAUGUUGCAGAAUUUGAAGUUUGCAGUUUUUCUACAAAUCCUGCACCCCACCCUGUCUUCAGGAUACCCUUUCUUAAUGGUUAGUUCGUCCAAACACUUUGACUACCUAAUUUCUUACAUUUUUUCUCAAUUAUUUUCCAUUCAGGUCAUACAAUAACUUUAACUUGUGAGGUUUCUGUUGGCAAUGAAGGAUUUAUCGAAAUUUUGUGGUACAACUCCAAACAGGCUGGUAUUGUUGGUCAAACUCGACAACUAAGUUUGUCCAAUAUUGAACUGUCUGAUAGUGAUCAGAGUUACAAGGCAGAAUAUUGGUGUUUGGCUAAGAACUCGGACGGUACCGGACGAAGCCAGAACGUUCCAGUGUAUAUAUUAUCAUCAGGUAAGAAUGCCUUGCUAUGCUUUUUGUUAUGUUUACCUAUGUUUAUGAAUUAUUGGUAUUGGUUGGUUUCAAUAAGCAUUAUAUAAUAACUACAGUGGAACACGCAGUUUGAUUGGUCAAUAACCGUACUGGUUCAGACUAUCCUGCAAGAAGAAUUAAAAUGCCUUCGCGGGAUUUUCGCGGGAUUAUCAAAAUGUCAUUGUUUCACUGUAGUUAUUUUAUAAAACAAUUACCAAAUGGUUUUCCCAGCAGGAUAGCGCGAUCCAUGCACUUGGGAUGUUGCUCGACUUUCGGAAAGUGUAAAAAUACACUCGCCUGCGGCUCGGGUAUUUUUACCCUUUCUGAAAGUCUCGCGACAUCCCUCUUGCAUGGAUCACGCAAUCCUGCACGGAAAACUAUUCGGUAUUCCUUUAUUACGGGACAGGAGAUGGUGGUCAACUUGAGAAAUGUUGACAUCUUAUAGGAGCAAACUCGACUGCAUCUUCCAAUUCUAUUUAUUUGCCACCAAAUACAAGACUGCUACAUAUCAUGAAAAUAACUAACAAUAUUUAACCACUCAGAUAACUGCCGGAUGACACCUGCUGAACGAUAGUAUGUACUUCGUAAAACCCACCUUCAUCAUUCAUUGCAUGGCGUCUUUUUAUUUAUUGUUCUUUUUAGAUUUUAAUGAGUUUUGCAUCGAAGUUUAUGACAGUGGUUAUACUUGGGAAGAGAUACCAGUAGGCACCUCCGUGAUUAAACAUUGUCCUAAUGGAACAAUAGGUACGGUUUGUUACUCUUUGUGUUUGGCUCUUUUGAUUAACUACAAUAAAGUAACUGUAUAAUUGUGUUAGAUAGCUCUGUCAGUUAAAGAAAUUUUACCGACCACGUUCCAGCAAGGAAUACUACUUAUUGGACUAGUGUUACUAUUGGAGGAAACUUAAACUUAAACUUAAAACUAACUUAAACUGCAUAGUUUUAACUGAGUGUUCUUCCAAGAGGAAACUGGAGUACUGUUUCGUAACGUUUGGCUAAGACUCCUCUUGUGAAUAAGGUGAAAUCAUAUGAGAAAACUGAAUAUUGCAGAAACAUAGCCUUGAUCACAGGGAGGAAUGGACUAACACUCACAGAGAGGACACAUGGACUAACCACUGAUAAAAAUUCAUUUACAGGAACUGUGACGCAAUUCUGUAACAGUAAUGAUGGUCAGUCUGUCUGGGGAGAUGUGAAUUUCUCCAACUGUAGAAGUUCUGUUGUUAUCAAACUUGUUGAUAAGGUGAUUGUCAAACUUGUCACUAUAAUCCAGCUAAUUGUACGUUCCUUCAAUUGAAAUUGUAUAAACUAAUGUAUCUUGGUUAAUUUGUGAAUGCACUACCUGAAGAAGAUUGAAAACAACUUAAUCUUUUUACAGAUCUUUAGAUUGAACGAAGGGUUUGAAUCGGGGAAUAUCAGUGAGAUCUUGCGCGAAACUGAAAAAGUUUCAGAAGACGAUGAACUUUACGAAAAAGAUAUUGAAGACAUUGUGUACGUUUUGGAAAAGACAGAGCAUAAAACGAAAACACAAACUGAUCGUCUAAGUUUUAUUCGUUCAUCAAGUAAUAUAGUGAGUCAGAAGAAAAAGAAUGUAUGGAAAAAUAUACCGGUAAGACACAAACGAAAAGCAGCUGGUCAUGGUAAUUUGGAAUAGCGAGUUAUGUUUUGAAAUAUUAAUGAGUUCGGGAAAUAUAUAUUGACAACUAUGAUGAAGUGACUCAACCAAAACUGUUUUUGUUUUCCAGUCUAGAAAUCAUUUAGCGAAGCAGAUUAUAAGUGGCACAGAUUUAAAUGCAUGGAACUACAUUUCAGAAAGUGCGGAAAUAGGAAACGUUGUCUCAUAUAUUACGCCCAACAUAGCCGUGCAUGGAAUACGUCUACCAACAGCAAAACCCACCAAACCAGGAGAUAUUAUCUUGCUGGACACAGGAGGACAGGGUGUGAUUAUCCCUGAUGUUGUGACCAAUGAAUUAAAACAAGCAACCGUAGUGCAGUACAGUUCAAUCAAGGAUAUUUUUUCUGAAGAAGAGUUGAAAGAAUCCGUGGAUAAUACUAUUGGAUCCACUGAAUCGUUGACAAUCAGAAGUACUAUUGUAUCUUUCACAAUCGAACCAUCGCUUAAGAAUAAGCCAGUGUCUAAACCUUUCAAGAUUGUACUUCAGAAUAACCAGGUAUGAAGUGAGUGUGGUUUGCUGGAUGGUUAGAUGAGGAAAUGAAGGCGCUAGACUAACUUUGUUUUUACUGCGUACCUCUACUGGUAUCCCUAGAAAUUAAGGAAGGGAUAUCGCUUAUUAGUAUAAACCUACUAGCAGGCUAUCAUGUAUCGUGCGUUCUGAUUGGCUGCGCUACUAGUAGGCUAUUAGUGAUAGUCUACUAGUAGCAACAAGCGGCGAAGGGCGCGAGAGUCAAUGGCCGUUUUUAAGUAUUAGCAUUUAAAGGGAAAAAGCUUAUCAAAAUGGCCUAAUUUUGGUUCUGGAUUACACACAAACAAAGACUCUUGGAAACUGCUGACACAUGCGGUAAAAUUUUAAAGUUUUCUCAACUUUGCUCGUUGUUUUGAGCAUGAAAGUGACAGGCGAUUUUUAAAAUAUAUGCACAAUUAAUGUUUGUUAAUAUUCCAAGCAGAAUCGUUGAAAUUCAACAAUACUUUGUAGCUAUUUACCCCUAUUUUCUCAACCUCUUUAGUGUGUGCUUGUUUUAAGUUAACCUGGGCAUCAGGCCCUUAUGUUUUCAUUCGCCAGGAUUAAUUGGCGGCGGCGAAUGAAGGAGGGCCUGAUACAAUUCUUUACCGCGGCGCAUGUAAAAAGCCAGAUUCUGGCUUUUUUGUCUGAUUGGCCGAUUAGACAAACGAUUUUUUAAAUCUGUCAUUUGAUUGGCUGGAGCUAAUUAGAUUAUACUAUUGUUGUUGAUAUAUUUUAUAACGAACACAACUACAAUUAUAGCCAGCCUACUAAACGGCUAAAUUUAAAUUAAAACUGCAGUAAAUAUAUUGCAAAUGUAGCUUAUAUUAAAUCGCCAUCAGAUUGCACUAUCGACUAACUGACGUAUAGUUAUAAAGUAUACUUAAUAUAUAUAUAUAUAUAUAUAUAUAUAUAUAUAUAUAUAUAUAUAUAUAUAUAUAUAUAUAUAUAUAUAUAUAUAUAUAUAUAUAUAUAUAUAUAUAUAUAUAUAUAUAUAUAUAUAUAUAUAUAUACCGUAUAUAUAUUUAUAUAUAGUUUUUCGUUUUAUCUCAAAAAAACACAACAGUCUGUUUCAUACGGGUGGAAGUAAGAAAUGCGACAGAGCUGAGCAAAUACAUCUGGCAACUUAAAGAGUCAAAGGUCAAGUACUCCAUAUUUUUAUUAGGCGUAUUAUUAAACAAUGCAAGAGGUACGACAACACAACGAAACGCUGCAGUCUUUGUACACAUGAAAAAUUCAUUAUAAUCUACUAUCCUGAACUUUGUUCUUUAAACUCAAGAAGUGAACUUUUUUCGAAAUGCAGACAUAGAAACAAAUUUCUCUUCAGCAAUAUACAUUACUUAAUAUAAUCUGUAUAUGUAAUCUAUACGUAAUUUAAUACUUGAACAUUCCGUUUACGUCAAACAUGUAUUUAUUAUAUAUAACCUUGGCAACAACAUAGCGCGACAUUUAAAUUCACCUGAUGAGUGUGGCAAGCAUUGCUUGUCAUACGAAACAAGUUUGUAGUGAAUAAAUCUUAUGAAGUAAACCAGGUUUAUUUUAUCAUUAUCUUUAUUAGCUCUAGACUUCGGUGUAUCGAGCACUCUACUCAUAUAUGAUUCUAAAUACAUAUUUGGUAUAUAUAUAUAUAUAUAUAUAUAUAUAUAUAUAUAUAUAUAUAUAUAUAUAUAUAUAUAUAUAUAUAUAUAUAUAUAUACUUUAUAAUUAUACGUCAGUUUGUUGAUAAAUACGGUAUAUAAGCGCCAUGUAAACCUCAUUGUAGUCACUGAAACCUCUGCGGAGGAGAGAGCAAUCGAGUGGCGAUUUAAUAUAAGCUACAUUUGCAAUAUAUUUCGCUAAUUUGUGAUUAUUUUUGUUAAAUUUUAUAAGUUCAUUGCAGUUAUAAUUUAAAUUCAGCCGUUUAUAGUGGGCUGCCUAUGCUAUAAUUAGAUUGUUGUUGUAGUUGUGUGAAAUUUGAAUUUCUCCUGCGACAUUUUGAUUGGAUACUAAGUAUAAACUUUGCUGUGGGUGGAAAGCAAUCAGGUUAAGUUUUGUGUCAGGCUCUAUAUAUAAAAUAGUGCCUGAUACUCAGGUUAGUUUUAAGUACGGUUCAUGAAUUUAGCUGUCAUUUUAAAGAGUUUUUUCGUUUAAAUGUUGAGAUUUUGGCCGAGUCUGUUUUUCGCCUUUUCGAGACUUUUAUAAGUCGAGCCGGCUUUUCGAUUAAAUUUUAAUCUAAACUAUUGUCUAGUAUGUAUACUAGAUUAUGGAAAUGGUUUGCCUCUUUAUGUUCCAGAUAUUUUAGAGAUUUCAACGAUAUUCGGAUAAUCGGAUUCUUUUGCAUGUGUGUGCAUUUUUAUUCGCUUUUUAAAUUUUAACGUAAACUUUAUUUACUAAUUCGUAAUUUAGUAACAAUUCGGGAAGCCAUUUUGUGUUCGAAAUUUUGGACUUUUUAAGCCUUGUUUCCUUCUUUUAAAUAGUUUUAAUCAACCAAACUUUGCUUCUAUAACGGUCUCUUACUAUUAUAUACUGUUUUACGACAUGUUUUUUAACUAUAUAUUUAAAACUCACAAGUUGUAUUUUUCAAGUCAUUCUUGAGAGUUCGCAACACUGAGAAACACUGAGUAGUUGUCAAGAAGGCCGAGGCGAAAUGUCGCCAAAAGGAAGCCAUUUAAACGCUCGUUUCGUUAAAACGUUAUUAUUUUACAUAAAAAUCAAGUGAAAAUUUCGUUUUCUUUAUGUAGUUUAUACCAAAACAAUUAGACAACUCAGCCUCGUUGCCUCCGCACGAAUAGUCAAAUCGGCUUCGCCUCGUUGACUAUUCGCUCAUAGAUAACUCGGCUUCGUUGUCUAAUUGUUAAUUGGUCCUGUAUUUCUGCAGGGCAAACCGAAAAUAAACCAACUAUACUAGAUGGCUCUAUCAGUUCGAAUAGUUUGUUGGUCCAGUGUUUCAUCUGGGGAAACUGGAGUACCCGGAGAAAAUUCUUAAUAUCUGAUAGAGUCAAACUAGAAAUAUUCUUCUUACAUGCAGCUCGGAUGAAAUUAUAAUCAGACAACCCGAAAUCAAACCGUGGGCACAAAGGUAUGGAGUACAUGUGACAACCAUGCACUGUGCCGUAUAAAUACUUCAUUACUCCCACAGAGGCAUAGCCAGGGCUGGAGCCGGGGGACCCGGCUCCCCUGGCAAAAUUUUUUGGGGGGAGUGCCCUGAUAAAAUGUAUUGUAUAAAAAUGCGAAUCCUUGAUUAUAUAGGUUCAUGCUGUCAAUAAUGCAAAAAUUCUGUAGAAUAUAUGCUUUGCUGGGCAUCGGUGUGAAACCUAAAAUCACUUGUUCGCUUAUUUGCGGAACACAGCUUGAAACACAUACCUUUUCUAACCCUAAUUAUUUCAAUAUGUAUUAAAUGCGGGUUAGAUGAAGUUUAAACCAAUCUGUGUUUUUUACAAGUGAAUUUUUAAUGCGGGCUCGGCAGUGGCGCCGUGGCCGGAGGGGAGGGGGGGGGGGACCUGUCGGAAAAUUGCCAAUACAGAGUUUGAGCAAGACAACGAAAACGAAGGCGUACUUGCCAAUUUUUGCCGUCUGCACAUUCUCUUGCGCAUACUGAGUUGGACGUCACUGGUGGUUGCUCAACGUGUCUUCCCAUGUGUCGCUGUUUAUGCAUACUGACCCUAAUUCUUGCCCUGACCCAGAAAAAAACAGCGAGAAUGAAACUAUAUCCCGUCUUUGUCCUUCUGCCUUCGUUCAGAACGAAGUUCACAGCGAAUUUUGCCAAAAUUUUUGCGAAUUUUUCGUUGUGAACGAAGGCAGAAGAACGAAGGCGAGAUAUGGAUUCAUGUCUCGCUGUUUUGUCUUGAUCAGGGUAAGGAUUUGGGUCAGCAUUCAUAAACAGCUAGACAUAAAUCUCUAAUCUGUCUUCACGCCUGACUCUAAACUCAGAAUGCGUAAGAUAAUGUGCAAGACAGGCAAAAAUUGUCAACCACGGUCCACGUCGUCCGACUUCGUUCUCUUGCUCAAACUCUCUAAUGUUAGUCGGAAUCUUCGUGGUGAAGCAUCGGAAAAAGUGAUACGGAAAUUGGGAAAAGUGCUACGAAAGCAAUUGUAAUGUUAUUGUCCAGAAAAAUUUUUUAUCGAAAAAGAUGUCGACGGGGGGGGAGGGGGAGAUUUAAAAUGUUGUGUGGUCCGCAAAAUUUUUUCUUGCGUCUCGAGUCAUUGGCGGCUUGGCCCCACCUGGGUUUUUGCUGGCCCCCUCUGACAGAAACUCCUGGCUACGCCUCUGUACUCCCAUACCUGAGGUAAAUAUAUUGAUGCACUUACGUAUUUUUCUUAGACUGGUUAUGAAAACCCAAGACGAACGUGUGCGUUCAUUGAACCUGACAUAAACAGCAGUGUAUGGAGCAGUAAAGGAUGUACAUUGAAUGAAGCUGAAUCAAGUGAGGAAAAUGUUACCUGUGAUUGUGAUCAUAACACGGCUUUUGCUAUCAUGAUGGAUGUUACGGGUGUGCAGGUAAGAUGGAUAAAUCACUUCAUUCUGGUUUAAGCAUGAUGAGGUGCAAAGUUAAUAGAAGAAUACCAGGAGUUAGCAUACUGCCACUCUGAGUUACGUCUGCUACUGUAGUUUGAGAGAGAAGAGUCGUUUCUUAGGUCCAAUAUUUCAACACUCCAAUCUUGAUCAUUAUUGGCGAUUGUUCAUUGCCCAAACUAUAAUUAAUAAAAUUUAAACAAUGUACAGUACAUUGUACUUGUGCAACCAGAAAAUUUUGAUGUGACUAAACUUGUCUUAACAAUCUUAGACUAAUUCCGAACAAAUAUUGGUCCAAUUACAUUUGUUCACACUAAAAUUCAUACGAAAUUAUGCAGUCCGUGUGAACGAAGCGUCACCUAAUAUUUCAUAUCCACUCACCUUUUUUAGCUAACGGAGUCUGAGCGUAAGUUAUUGGAAACGAUUUCCACCGUUGGAUGCUCAAUAUCAUUGGUCGGUGUCGUGUUGACAAUUCUCUUGCAAGUUUAUUUUUGGAGACAAUUGAAAUCACCUCGCGCCAAAAUUUUAGUCAGUUUGUGUGUUGCUAUUGGAUUUACCGAUAUCUUUGCCAUCCUUGAGGGUGUUGCAAGAGAUAGCCCGGUAAGUUCGCUUUCCUAUUUUAUUUACCAUGGGGUGUUGGUGUCAUGGCAUUCUUGUCCCCAGAGCCAUUUUCACUCGGUCACUCAUCGAAAAUUAGGUUUUGGAUUAGACAACUAAAGGGAGACAUCUAAUUGGCUUCUCAGAGAAGCGCAAUUUCGCAGAAGUUGAGCAGUUUUCUCUAGGCAAAACUAUUCUAUCAAAAUGUGUCAACGGAAAUACGUCAAUUCUUCGUAAACUUCUCUGUGAAAAGUGUUACGCGUUCUGAAGCGUCCCAAUUCAAUAGCAUGCGCUUUAGAAACUACUGCAAGUUUUCUUGCACUUCCGGUUAAGUUUCGUGAAUUUCAGGGCCUAUGAAGGUUGCGCUCGUCCGUGAGGCCCUGGGAGCGAGAACAGUGUCAUAGUGGUUAAUGCAUGUGUCUUUAGCCUCUGUGGCUUCAUUCCCUGCAAUAUGCACUUGUUUUUCGAGACUGCUACUUAAAUGUAUCGAAUCAAGGAACUUUGUCACGAAGUCGCAGAGUACGGGUUUUCACCUGCGUAUUCCGGACCACUGAUCUCGAAAUAUAACACUGGACCAGUAACCGAUGGAUUGUUAUUGGUCAAAGAAGAAAAAUAUAUCCAAAACUUAUAACUACCCGGUAGAAAUAAACUAUAUUAGUUUAGUUUAAUGUAUUGUUUUAACGGAGUGGUUUAUGUGGUUUAUUUUCAACAGAAUUUCUGCAAAGCAGUAGCGGCUCUCCUGCAUUUCUUUGUGUUGUCAGCGUUCGGAUGGAUGUUGUGUGAGGGAAUAUUACUGCACAUCUUACUGAUCAGAGUAUUUGAUGGUGUGCGUGGCAAACAUUGGAAGAUAUUUAAUUUUAUUGGCUGGGGUAAGUAAGUCUGUCUUCCCGAUUAUAGACAAGUGUUUUCGGUAUUUAAGCGAUGACUAAGUAAGGAUAAAUCAUAUUGAUGAGUUUCAGUAAGUAUUACGGAACAGCUAAAACUACAUCUCCCAAUUAUGACAAUUAUAAUGAAAAUAAUUAAUAGUGAGUUUAAGAUACCCCGGUUUCGGUGUACGGGUAGCAUGAUUUUGGUUAGCAAUAUUUUCGUCGAUGUCUGUACCUUAGUCGUAAUUAAGGUGCACAUUUUUCGCAUUAUAUCAUUGUCUAUUGCAAGAAAACAGAAAAAGUAUGAUCGCAUUACAGACAUCAGUAAAAACUAGUAAACACGAUGACACUACUCGUACCCGUACACCGAAACCGGGAUAUAUUAUUUUCUCCCGCUGAUAUCUGCCAACUUACUAUCAUUCGCUGCAUAUUAGUGACUAGUGAAAUCCAUCAACUGAGUUGGCGCCAUGUAUUGCAUGGCUCAGCCAUGUAUUGCGAGGCAGCGACUCUCCGUGAUGGCACUUCUCUGAUCUCAUGAAAAGCGAAUUCUAUCGAAUAAAGGUUUAACAGCCGGGUGUUCAUAAGUAGAGGCAAAUAUCUAACACUUCGUGUUUACCACCGUCACAGGCAUUCCUUUACUGAUUGUCGUUGUAUCACUUGGAGCGACUCAGGGUGAAGGAUAUGGCACAGAAUCUUCAUGUUGGCUUAGUGUUGAAAAUAACUUGAUUUGGGCGUUUGUGGGACCUGCUUUCCUCGUCAUAUUGGUAGGUGGUUUCAUCUUGUUACAAUUUGGAAUUGAAAAUGAGGUGUUUGCGGCACAGUGGUUUGUGCAUGGAUCUUUCACCUCUGUGGCUGGGCUCAAUAUAAUUUCGGCUUAGAAGCAUUCGAGAAGAGUGCUUCUGGUUGACUCGCAAGUUUUUUCCGUACCAAGUGGGAUGAUCCACUUCGGGCAAUAGUUUAGAACUGAUCAGAUAGAACUAUACUAGUUUAGGUUUCCUCCUGUAGUAACAUUAGACCGAUAAAGAUGGCACUUGCUCUAUCUCUUUGAAGAGAAUUUUAGGUAUGCUAACCAAUAUAUACAAAGGUAUCACAAUAAUAGGAUUUUUUGUCUAUAUUUCUUUCUUUAUCUUCCAGAUCAACACUAUUGUGUUUAUUAUGAUCCUACGCACAAUAAUGAAUUCCCACAACACAGUCCACCAACCUGACAACAUUGGUAAAGUGAAAACUGGUGUGAAAACAGCUGUGGCAAUCUUCCCAAUCCUUGGUUUGACUUGGGUGUUUGGUUUGAUGACUUUCAACAGAGAAACAUUGUUCUUUCGUUAUCUUUUUGCCGUGUUUAAUUCCGCGCAAGGAAUGCUCAUUUUCUUGUUCCAUUGUGUCCUUAAUAAACAGGUAAGAGUGAGGAUAUCUGAAGCUUGGUGUUCAGUGUAGGUAUACUAUUUUACAAUAAACUGCUAUGGUUUGUGUCUGAACUUCAUGGAAAGGAUGAAAAAUACUUCUACGUACAUUUUAAGCGAAUCGAAUUAAGCACUUCACCAGCAAGUUCUCUCAAGGUGGCUGAUUACAGGUUUUUUUUUAUAAAAUGAAAAAUUUGCGAUUUAAAUCCGCAUUUUUCGACAAUUAUUACUUGUUAAAAAACAAAAAAUAUCUUACUGAUGUGAAACAACAUCUAAAGAGUUUAAAUCGUUUCCACAAAAGUUACUCGACUGCUGUUGCUAUGGCAACAAUGACGUUUCAAGAUGGCUGGUAUUUUGGCUUUAAAGUAAUUUAACUCGAAAACGACAUUGGGACCCCUAAUUUCAUUCCAUAAAAUUACUUCUCUUAGUAUACUCAAUUAUUUUGACAAUUUAAAAAAAAAUUAUGUUGAGUCAAUUAAAAAAGGGUUACGAAUAAUCACAAUUACUUAAUUUGAAAAUUUUUGACUCAACAGAAUUUUUUGUCAAAAUAAUUGAGAAUUCUAAAAUAAAUCAUUUUAUGAAAUAAGAUUGCGGGUCAGCGAUUUCGUUUAUGAGUUAAAUUACUUAACAUCCACAAUAUCCAACAUAUUGAAACGUCCUUAUUGCAUUUGUAAACAAAUUCAAACCUUUUAGAUGUUGUUUUACAUCAGUAAGAUACCUUUUUGCCAAGUAAUACUUGUCCACAAAUUCGGAUCUAGAUCGUGAAUUUCCCAUUUUACAAAAAAACUUUAUUAAGCCACCUUAAAUGUGUUGGAUAAUACUACGUUUUAUGUUUUCCAGACACGAGAAGUCGUCCGCGACAGCAUAACAAGAAGUACUUUCUCAAGCAGCUUCAGCACAAAAUCAGUUCGCCGUGCAAAGAGUAAGAAAACAAUAUUUUCAACUUUAGCAUUUUAUAUUUUAUAUUGUUAUUCUCCAUAUGCAAAAAGAUCUAAAGGCGUUUCAUACAUCUGUAAUUAGAUCAGUACUUGAAUAUGGGGAUAAGUUUGGCUGUUUAGCAUGGUAGUCUAACUGGUGGAUAAUUUCAAGAUCGGAGAGGAUCCAAAGAAGAGCGCUUAGAAUAGUUUAUGCAGAAAUGACUUACGAUGAAGCAUUAUUUAUUUCGGUGUCAGGGUGUAGUAUUAAAACCUUGGAGAAUCGUAGAGAAAUUAUACGUAUAAAUCUGAUAGAUCAGAUGGACAUGAUAGAUCCUAUACAUAAAUUACAUGACCUUGUUACCUUUUACGGUCAACCGAAUAAGGGGAAGAGAGACAAGGUUGAGUGGUGAUAGGAUAUACAAUUUUAAAUGUAGGACGGAAAGGUUUAAAAAUAGCCCAAUUGUUAUUGCCAUAGAUAAUUGUUUUAAAAUUCACAUUGUAAUUUAGCUUUCAGCUAUUUAGUGUAAAAAGUUUCAAUAAUAAUAAUAUUUUUACACUCUAACUAUAAUUAUGUAUAACGACAUGGUUUGUUUUCUCAGAUUCCACGAGUUUGCCCAGCAUGGCAGUCAGUUCAAGUAUAAACCAGAAGAUGGUUAAAAAGAAUGCGAGACUACAGUUAGAGAGCAGGGAAUCUGAAAGUGCUGGGUAUGAGGGAUAUAACAACCUGAAUAUGUCUGUGACACGGGAAGCGAACGAAGAUGAUGUAUACGUUACAUCUCCUGCUGUCCAAGGUUAGUCAUGUUGGAAACGUUUUGCUGGCAGGAAUAUGCAUGAUUAAUUCUUUGUGAACCUGGUUACAUACGGGAACGUUAUUUUUGCUGGAUAGUUAUAUCAAUUCCAGAUUGUUAAAAAGACCAUCCCAUGUUGCAUCUUGGGGGAAAUGGAGUAUCUGAAGAAAACCAGCAGCGUAUUGUGAAGCCAAACUGGAGUCGUUCUUCUUACAUGUGACUAAGGAUUAAUGAGGACGACCAAGGGUGUAACCCAGCUGCUUUGUCGCUUGUUUUAUUGCAAAAAGGGACCGCUCAUUAUUUAUUGUACGGGGGGGGGGACUGAGGAGAAACAGUUAUAAUAUUUUUUUGUUGCACCCCUCUUAAAGGGGCAGUGUCACCGAUUUUGACCCUCGCAAAUCUUUAGGAAUCUUGCAUAAAACCUAAAAAGAAUGGUUGUAAGCACAACAUAAAACAAUAACAAAAUUACAGAAAGCAUGUACAAAUGUCUGCAUGGUUGAGAUUAUAUUAGGCGAGGAUUGAGAUGGAUUGUAAAUGACAUCUUGAUUAAUUGUUGGCGGACACUUUUUCAAGUUUGGGUCAAUUUGUAUGAAAACGUCGUCUUACAUGCUGUGUGGAAGUUCAAAGUUGUUUAAUAUGAUUCGUAUAUCAUAACUGAACCUAUUUAUAAUGUUUAUUUUCAAAUUCGCAGGUCAUACUUUGAAUACGAGACUUUUUGGUCAAAAAUUGUUGACACUUCCCCUUUAAGACAAGUAGAAUUUCCAAAGCCCCCUCCAACGGGCAAAACAAGAACACAUUUUGGAACCUCCCCCAACUCUAGCGCUUUAUUUAUGGAAACAAAAAUAGAUAGUGGGGACCAAUUUUACAUGAACAUAAGUGACUAUUUAUUAAUUUGGCUUCUAUUUAUGAAUAUUAAUAUUAAAGCUUUGCGAUAGAUUUUUAAAACUAUUAAUAUUUUUUUCAAACUAGUAAUUCUUUUCAAAGCCCCCGUUCUUUUAUCUCUCUGUAUUUUUUCAAAGCCCCCCUUUCAGAUUUUAAGAAUUUAAAGGCCUCUCCAGUUUCUCCUCAAUCCCCCCUGCACAAUAAAUAAUUAGCGGUCCCUAAGUCGCUGGAGCGUAUCACUCGUAACACAAAUCGAAAUUUAUCGCUAGUCAACAGCUGUCGUUUGUCGCUCUUAGAUAUAUCGCCUCGUUUAAGGAAUGUUUUUAAGGAAUGUUUUUAAGGAAUGUUUUUAAGGAAUGUUUUUAAGGAAUGUCCGCCUUGGUGGGCGUCAUCAUUAUGGGUAUAUAUUGCACGAAUCGAACCCCAAUUCAAUCUCUUCACGAGAAUCAUUUUUAGUAUUCGGCUUAAUCUGAAAAUGGAUUUCUAUUUGAUAAUUAAUUCAUAUCUUUUUCAUUAGCAGAUCACCUUGUAGCUGCAUGUUUUAAAUAGCUUCGUUCUGUGAUUAACAUGCACCAUAAAAUAAAAAAGUUUAUAGACACUUGCUGUAACGAGUGUUCGAAUUUGCUUGAGUGUGCGCAGGAGACAAUAGCUCGAAAUCUAGGCGGACAAUGCCACUCAUUGUAAAUAUCUAGAUUUCUGUGCCAGCAAGCAAAUGUGACAAGUGCCUAUUGAUAAAGAAAAGAAUAAGUAAGAUCCACAUAUACUUUGUUCAAUGUAGGAAACGAAGAGAUGCGCCACAGUUCACCAAACCUUUCCGCACACAGUGAAAAUUCCCUAGGCAGAGACAACAUUGCAGUUGAGACGGAUAGUAAGGGAUACCAUAGUGGAGAAUCAGAGAAUUCGUCUUCUGAAGACAGACCCUCAAACAACGAAGAGGCUCACUUAACUGUAUAAUGUUACUUUACUGUAUGUUACUGUACAAUGUUAUUGUGCUGCAUAAUGUACGUAACUCUAUAAUGUUGUUAUUGUUGUACUGUAUAAUGUUACUAUAAUGUACUAAUAAUAUACAGCAUGCAAAAAGGUUCUAGGAUAAAGAAAAUCGUGGAGACAGCUCCACAAUGCGCAUUAUAAUUUAAUGAACUGCAUUGCUGUAUAUUUAGCGUCUUAAACCUUGAAACUUGCAGGGUGUGGGUAAAACAUACACCAAACAAGAAUGCACUAUAUAGUGAAUAAAAUAUAACUGAACUAGUAACUUACGACUACAGCAAAGACUGUAAUUAUUUAACGAUUUUUAAUACAAACGAAAUUUGAUUGUUGUA